UGAACAUGCAACAGUAGAAAAUACUAAAAACACUUCAAUUUCAAUCAGACACAAAAAAAAAAAAAAACACAGCAACACUCCCAAAAGAGAAACCCCUUAAUUUUGCAGUGUUUUUUUCAUUUCUCUGUCUCUCACAUUUCCUCAUUGUGAAGAAGAGGAAGAUGAUGUUUACUGAUAAAUGGGUUCGAGAGAACUUGUAUCAGGUCUCUGCUGCCAAGAGAAACGAUGGUUCCCAUCGGGUUUCAACGGGACAAGGCAACUUUGGGUUGCCUCCAGCUAAAUUCCAAAGUGGUUUCAUGGCAUCGGAUAAAUUUCCCGUGUCACGAGGCGUACGUGGCUCGGGAUCAGACAUGGACAUAUCUUCUGACUCUGAAGACGAGGUUUAUGGCGAUCAGUACUCUCUGGAUUCAUCUCCUCAAGAUGACAAGAUUCCCAAUGGUGCGGCUCCUAGGCAUGCCUCUCCGAUAAAAAGGAAUGUGAAUCACAAUGUUGCUUCCAAGAUCAGAUAUAGAAGUUCUACUGCAGAUAAUGAAGUUGCAGAUUCUGCCCACAGUACCGAAAGUUCAUAUAUUCCACAUAGAAGCUUGAAUAAUUCUGAAUCCCAUAGUGGAGCACAUACCUCAAAUGGUUACUCUUCUGGUGUUACUUCACGAACACAAUUUGAUAAAACAUCUCAACAGGUUUACAAUGACUCAAUCCUCAAAAAUAGGAAUUUUAGUUAUAAUGAUAUGCCCAGUGCACCUCCUAUAAGGUCGGGUGCAGAAACUGAAAGAGCGACUGUGAAAAUUACAACCUCUGGAGACAAUGGUGUAUUUUAUUCAGCCAAAAUGAACAGUGUUCCAACUACCAACAAAUCAAUGUCAUUGAAUUAUUUUCAUUCUAGCCAUACUGUACUGGACGGAACUACCAACGAGACUCCUAUUUCAUCAGAAAGGAGUGCAGCCGGAAAAGAAGUUAAUGCAUCUUCAAGUUCCUUACCUGCUCGCGUCCCCACAUUUUAUGCGAGUACACAAGGUCCCUGGUAUGCUGUGAUUUCCUACGAUGCAUGUGUUCGAUUAUGUCUUCACUCAUGGGCUAAAGGUUGCACUGAAGAAGCUCCCUACUUUCUCAAUAAUGAAUGUGAGUCAUUGCGCAAUUCAUUUGGUUUACAGCAUGUAUUGCUACAACCAGAGGAAGAGCUUUUGGAAAAACAAUCGUCAGAGGUGGUAAGCCAGGGAGCUGCUCCAAAAUCUAAAAGAACUUUUGGCAAAAUGAAAGUGCAAGUACGUAAAGUGAAAAUGGGUUUAGAUCCUCCUGCUGGUUGCAGUUUUUCAUCUCUGAACCCUUCUAUGAUAAAACUAGAGUCCGUUCGUCAACAUUUGUCAACUUUAAAUUCCACGUUACAUUUUGGAUGGGUAGCUGUGCGGAAAGUUCGCGUGACUCCCAAUAUUCCUCCAAAUGGCUCUCUUUCACAACAAAGUCUGGCAUACAUGCGUGCGAGCACUCAAUACAUCAAACAAGUCUCCAGGCUUUUGAGAAGUGAGAUGACUACUUUGCGCAACAGUCCCUCAUCAUAUGAAGCAGUGCAAGAGACACAUACUUGCUCAUUGAGAUUGAAAAGCUCUUCUGAAGAGGAUACAGUUCGAAUGCAACCAGGAUCUGGUGAAACUCAUAUAUUUUUUCCUGAUAAUCAAAAUGAUGAACUGAUCAUCGAAGUUCAAGACUCCAAGGGAAAGUAUUGUGGUCGUGUAGUGGCCCAAGUGGCUGCUAUUGCUGAUGACCCGGUGAGACAAUUUUUUUUAUCAGCUCUUAAGUUUUAUAAGGCAGAUAGUGCGCCAGGAGUUCUGAAUGGUGAUUUGAUGCAGAGUGACAAGCUUCGGUGGUGGUCCAUGUACCAUGAGCCAGAGCAUGAACUCAUUGGCAGAGUACAGUUGUUUAUAAACUAUUCAACUACUCUAGAUGAGAGUAGUCAACCGAAGUGUGGCUGUGUUGCAGAAACUGUAGCAUAUGAUUUUGUAUUGGAAGUUGCUAUGAAGGUUCAACACUUUCAGCAAAGACGCUUAUUGCUGCAUGGUCCAUGGAAGUGGUUAGUGACUGAAUUUGCAUCUUAUUAUGGUGUAUCAGAUGCAUACACCAAAUUAAGAUAUCUUUCCUAUGUAAUGGAUGUGGCUACGCCCACCAAAGAUUGUCUUGACUUGGUAUAUGAUUUACUACAUCCUGUAAUCAUGAAAGGCGCUAGAAAGAGUGUACUGAGUCAUCAAGAGAAUCGCAUCCUUGGAGAGGUUGAGGAUCAAAUUGAGCAGAUCUUUUCUCUGGUUUUUGAGAAUUACAAGUCACUGGAUGAAUUAGCACCAUCUGGUAUGAUGGAUACUUUUGGCCCUGCCACGGGAUUGGCAGCUCCUGCUUUGGCACCUGCUGUGAAGCUAUACACUCUCCUGCAUGAUGUGUUAAGUUCUGAGGUGCAAUUGAAGUUCUGUAGAUACUUUCAGGCUGCUGCAAAAAAGAGGUCAAGAAGGCAUGUAGCCGAGACAGAUGAAUUUAUAAACAGUGUCGAAGGAACAUUGAUGGAUCCCGUGAUGGUUUCAACCUCUUAUCAAAAGAUGAAGUCCCUCAUUCUGAGUGUUAGAAAUGAGAUUUGCACCGACAUACAGAUCCACAAUCAGAAUGUACUUCCCAGUUUUAUAGACCUUCCAAACCUGUGUGCGUCCAUAUAUAGUGCGGAUCUGUCCAGUAGACUGCGUACGUUUCUGGUUGCAUGUCCCCCUCCUGGCCCCUCACCACCUGUCUCUGAACUUGUUAUUGCAACAGCAGACUUUCAAAUGGAUCUUGCUUCUUGGAACAUUAAUUCUGCGAAAGGCGGAGUUGAUGCCAAAGAGUUGUUUCACUCCUAUAUAACCCUCUGGAUCCAAGACAAGCGUCUUUCCUUGCUCGAGCUCUGCAAAUUAGACAAGGUAAAGUUUUCUGGAGUCAAAACACAGGAUUCCACCACUCCUUUUGUUGAUGAGAUGUACGAGCGACUGAUGGACACUUUAAAUGAAUAUGAAGUAAUUGUUUCUCGUUGGCCAGAGUAUCUUGUUGUUUUGGAAAAUGCUAUUGCAGAUGUUGAGAAGGCAAUUAUUGAAUCUUUGGAUAAGCAGUAUGCUGAUUUCUUAUCACCACUGAAGGAUGUUCUUGGACCCAAGAUCUUUGGCCUUAAAUAUGUCCAAAAGCUUGCGAAAAGAACAGGGGAACUUUAUGUUGUCCCUGAUGAGUUGGGAAUACUUCUAAAUUCGAUGAAAAGGAUGCUGGAUGUGCUUCGGCCCAAGGUUGAAACCUGGAUAAAGUCACGGCUUUCUUGCACUCCCAAUGGUGUAGAUACAGGUGCAGGAGAAUGUCUGAGUGAAGUUACAGUUUUGCUCAGGUCCAAAUUCAGAAAUUACCUCCAGGCAAUUGUGGAGAAACUAAAAGAAAAUACAAAAAUACAGAACGCAACAAAACUGAAGAGCAUAAUCCAAGAGUCAAAGGAAACUAUGGUGGAGUCAGAUCUUCGAAAUAGAAUGCAACCUUUGAAGGAUCUGCUGAUAAAGACGAUAGAUCAUGUGUACUCUGUUGUUGAACCUCAUGUGUUCAUAUCCAUUUGUCGAGGUUUUUGGGACCAUAUGGGGCAGGAGAUCCUACAGUUUCUGCAAAAUCGGAAAGACAAUAGAUCCUGGUACAAAGGCUCCCGAAUCGCUGUUUCUAUAUUGGAUGACAUUUUUGCAUCACAAAUGCAACAACUGCUAGGGAACUCGUUGCAAGAAAAAGACUUGGAGCCACCGAGAUCCAUAAUGGAAGCACGGUCCGUGCUUUGUAAAGACGCCGUAAACCACCAGGACAACAACUACUAUUACUAGAUUCUUUGUCGUCGCUGUACAUAAUGAUUCAUUCCGAUGUUUUGCUCGAUAUUUCUUUGAUUCAAAAUAGUAGUUAUUUACCAAUAGGCAAUGGAUCAUCAGAAUGAAGUUCUGUCAAUUUUGCUGUUCAUCUCUUCUUUUGUAAAGCUUUAUCAUCGCCAUGGCCUCAUGGUGAGUUUUUACUCGCUCUUGUUAGAUGUCAAAUUUUGGGAAAACUUAUUACACUUCAUCUAAAGUAAACAGUAGUUGCAUUAUUUA